AUGCGUAACUACGCCAUAUUUGGAUUAUAUGCGCUGCUAAUCGUCGCCUGCCAAUUGGACGUAACAGUUGGGCAGUCCGCGAAGCAGCAAGAGGAUGCGACACAGCCGGAGGCACAGCCAUUGCCGGCGGCCGGACAACGCGUAGCAAGACAAAUUGGCUAUGGAGGCUAUCCGUCAUACUAUGGCAGCGGCUAUGGAGCUUUUGGCGCUGGAUUGGGUGGCUACGGAGGCGGCAUUGGCGGCAUUGGCGGUAUCGGCGGCUUAGGAUACGGCGGCUAUGGCGGUAUUGGUGGACUAGGAUAUGGCGGCUAUGGUGGAUAUGGUGGACUAGGAUAUGGUGGAUAUGGUGGAUAUGGUGGCUAUGGUGGCUACGGUGGAUAUGGCGGCAUGCGCUAUCCCUACAGUCCCUAUGGCAGCAUGUACGGCAGCGGAUAUUAUGGCCGUCCUUAUGGUUAUGGCUAUGGCACUGGAUAUCCAUACUCCGGCAGUUAUGGCAUAUAA